CCCGGAAGUGGGGCGGUCACGGCAGUGCGGCUCCUGCAGCGGCUUACUCCGCGGACUUCUCGCGUCCUGCUGAGAUGGCGAACGCGGCUACACCUGCAGCUGCAGACUCCACCCUGCCUCCGCCUUUGGAGCAGCUCCGGCACCUUGCAGGGGAGCUGCGGUUCCUCCUUCCUGGAGUGCGGGUCGGCGAAGCCCGGGAGACCACCAAAGAGUUUGAUCGGGAAACCUUUUGGAGGAGACUCCGUGAGGCAGCUAUGGCAGUGUCAAGGACAGCCACGACUCUGACUGAAGUCUUCUCUCGACUUCCACUGCCGUCACCACAGGAAACCCAGAAGUUCUCUGAACAAGUCCAUGCUGCCAUCAAGGCAAUUAUUGCAGUAUACUAUUCGCUUCCCAAGGAUCAGGGAAUCACCCUGCGAAAGCUGGUACGGAGUGCCACUCUGGACAUCGUGGAUGGCAUGGCUCAGCUUGUGGAAGUGCUUUACAUCACUCCAACUCAGAGCCCUGAGAACCUUAUCUCCUACAACAGUGUCUGGGAGGCAUGCCAGCAGGUGCCUCGGAUCCCAAGAGAUAACAAAGCUGCAGCCCUUUCAGUGCUGACAAAGAGUGUGGAUCUUGUGAAGGAUGCACAUGAGGAAAUGGAGCAGGCUGUGGAAGAAUGUGACCCUUACUGUGGCCUCUUGAGUGACAUUGAGGAGGACAACUCUGACAACCAUGGUGAUGAGGAUAUAUUGGGAUGGCCAAGCAAUCGCGACUCAUAUUGGUCAGAGGAGGAUCAGGAGCUCAUAAUCCCGUGCCUUGCACUGGUGAGAGCAUCCAAAGCCUGCCUGAAGAAAAUCCGGCUCUCAGUGGCAGAGAAUGGGAAGAAGGAUCAGGUGGCCCAGCUGGAUGACAUUGUGGACAUUUCUGAUGAGAUCAGCCCUAGUGUGGAUGAUUUGGCUCUGAGCAUAUACCCACCUGUGUGCCAUCUGACUGUGCGAAUCAAUUGUGCAAAACUUGUAUCCGUUUUAAAGAAGGCACUUGAAAUUACAAAAGCAAGUCAUGUGACCCCACAGCCAGAAGAUAGUUGGAUCCCUUUACUUAUUAAUGCUGUUGAUCAUUGCAUGAACAGAAUCAAGGAGCUCACUCAGCAUGAAGUUGAAUUAUGAAUUUUCAGGCUCAUUUGUACUCUCCUCUCUCCCUUUCUUACUGUUGCAGCCAAGCUCUGAUGUCUGCUUUUAGAAUGGGGCUAGGAUACUUUCUGGACCGAAAAGGGAGGUCCUAUCUAUACUUAUCAAGAGACACUAUUACCAAAGUUUGUUGAUUAGGCCAAACUGGCAAUUAUUUAUAAACCAUAUGAGUAUGAUAUGUUUUUCUGUGCCAGAUAUAAAAGAUAACUAUGAGUUUUUGUUCUUGAGUUGCCUCUCAGAGAUUCCUGGGGAAGCUGCCUUAUUCCCUAUUUGCAGUAAAGUGUGUCGUUUCAUUGUUAAAGAUGUUGAUAGUCUCAAUAAAAUGCUAACCUGCUAGUGGUUAAAUGAGUACCUUUCCAAAGUGUCUUUUCCACCAGAAAUAUGUGGGUUGAGACUAACAACAUUGCUUUUGUUUAGGUUUAUAGGUCUAAAGAUCUGAUUCUGAUCAGAAAUAUAUUUAGAAGAAAAAGACGACUUUUUUUAGAGCAGAUGUCUCCAGAACCCCUCUUAGUACUUCAGCAUGUUAUAGAAUAUAAUUAUUCUUACCAGAAAGUUCUUCUGAAUAUUAUUCUAGUUUACUCCAUGCAUCUAUUGGUAUUGAGCUUGUGAAAAUUAAUAAAGGGAAACAUUCUUUAAAAUGGAGUUGAGGGCUUCCCUGGUGGCGCGGCGGUUGAGAAUCCGCCUGCCGAUGCAGGGGACACGGGUUCCUGCCCCGGUCCGGGAAGAUCCCACAUGCCGCGGAGCGGCUGGGCCCGUGAGCCAUGGCCGC